AGUGGUAUGAGAGCGCCCCCUACAGCCUGCGCUCUAAACUCCGACUUUAAAGACGGUUAAGGUCAUUCAGCUGGUGUUUUAGUUAAAUUUAGUUUAUAAAAUGUCCUAAUAAGCUUAUAUAAAGAGAGUAUUCAUUUAUUAUAAAGUUUGUUUGACCGUUUUUCCUGAGUUUUAUCUCCGCGUGUGUUUAGCUCAGUGCUGGAGCUGAUUUGGCGCGCUGCUGUCAAAGGCACCAUGUCUGAAGAAAGAGCAUGUCCUGAACUUCAUCCUGCCGAUCAGGUUAUGGAGGUUGUGGACCCUUCUGAUGAAAGUAUGCCCUUGCUCUCAGUAGCUGAAAACCUCACAGAUGAUGUCAUCUUCAUCAACCAGUUAACUCCACCUCUACCCUCUUUGGAAGAUCACCUGUGGAUAAACGAUUUUGUGAGCGCAAACACUGAAUUUGUUCCAGCUAAGGUCAUAAAGAAGACCAAACGUGAAUGUUCAGAGUGCAGGAAAGUGUUUAGGACCACAAAUGCUCUGAACAAGCACCUUCUCAACCACCAACCGGACAGACCUCAUUUGUGCAAACAAAGAUUUGAACGCCAGGAUCACCUCACGGCUCAUUUGGUAACCCAAAAGAAGUGGCUGGCUCAGGGGUACAAGUCUGGCUACCAUAAGGUGUUUUGGGACCACCACUCUCAGAAGUGCAGCAGAGCAAACCCCACUGAACCUUCCCCAAUCCCAUGGGAGCAUGCAUGUCCACCUGUAACAACAGAGGACCCAUCGCCCUCUAAUAGUUACAGCAGCAAUACUGGAUUUGCUUCAAUAGCAGGGAAUCUUGGGCUUAACUGUUUCCCCGAAGUUAACCUAUCCCAGUCAAAGCUCCCUGUUAUCCAAAAGUCUUGGAGCUUAGGAGCAGUUGACUCCAACCAGUGGGUUACAAUAGACCCAAAGGCACCAGAUUACCACAAGGCAAAAGCUGUAAAUCUCCAGGGUUGGGAAGAUGAACUGAGUUUUCCUGUGACAAACCCUCAGCCAUUGAGGGGGGUGCUGACUGUUCAGCCUUGCGAGGAAGAAAACAACAUAGGAAUGGAAUGUUCCUUAAGGCCAUUAGCAGCUUCCCUUAAGAAAAGUCAACCAGUUUCCUUGAAGAAGAGUGUUCAACAUCUCAAACCUCAAAACAAUCACCAGCUUCCAUUCAUUGGUGAAGCUCAGGCAUGCUCUAAAUCAGACAGUCAGAUUGGAUCAGUGGCUCCACAGUCACACCAGAAAACGUCUCAUGUUCCAUUUCCACCUCCAGCCAAGAAGUGCAAAAAGAUCAAAAAGACUGCUAAUGUCCUUAAACCUCCUCCUCCACCUGCUAUAAGACCCAAAAUGAAAAAGACAAAUCCAGUAAGAUCGUCCGAUCACCAUACAGCGUGCCUCAUUUCCCCCAGCCAGGUGGCAAUGGCAUCCUUCAGUACACAGAACACCCACUCGCUCACAAUCAAGGAAGAAGGUGUUGCUGCUGUGAGACAGGAAGGAAAAGAGUCAGGCACCAGAACACUUUUUGAAUAUUUACCUGACCACCAUAUCCAAUGCUGGCCUUCAGUUCCACAAACUCCAACUACAUUCUCUGCUAAAAUGGAUGAUCAGCAAGUUGAAAAUGAAAGCAGGGCAGCUGGACAGACCCAGGAGUGUCAAGGAUUCCAGAUGUCGCCACUGGUCAUCCCAGUUUCUGUGCCAGUCCUUGAAAAAGAAGCCCCUUUCCACAAACAAUCAGUACACUCUGGUUGCAUGCAGACAAAGAAGCAGCAGAAUAUCAAAGACCUGUCCAAAAGGAAUCAUCAUCCUGAUCUCCUGAGAUCCCUGAUCAUUCCCAAUGUAGCAGAAUGUGGUGGGCAGGGAUGUCGAGCUGCAGGAGGUUACCCUAGCCAACUGCGUUCACCUACAUACCUUGUUGACCACCUGCUGAAGCCAGGUUUUUUGCACCCUCCCUAUACUCCCCCUCCAAUGCUGAGCCCUGUGAGACCCGGCACUGGGCUUUAUUUCAACACUCUGCCCCAGUGCCAGCCAUGCCCACUCCCACCCUUCAGCUACACUGCCUCCCUGAAUGGGACAGAUACACUCCCUUUGAUGACUGACGGUACAAUUGUCAGUAUAGAGCCUAAAAUCAAUGUGGGCCCCAGUUUCCAGGCUGAAAUUCCUCCCCUGCGCAACCAGCUGCUGAUGCUUUAUGAAGAGCACCCUGCCCAACUCUUAUGGGCUCCAUGGGGAGACCUCCCCACUAACCCGAAGACCCAACAAAAGGUUACAGAGUUUCUGAACAUGUGCUGUUCAAGUGUGCUACCAGGAGGGGGUACCAAUACUGAACUUGCCCUUUACUAUCUGCAUGAAGUCCAAGGAGAUGUUCUAGCUGCCCUGGAUUUGUUGUUAUUGAGAGGAGAUUACAGAGCAUCUUCUCAUCCAUUAAGUGUCUACCACUUUACAGGAUCAGACCACUGGAGUGUUCGGGAGAUUAAACUAUUCCGGAAAGCUCUGUUUAAACACAACAAGGACUUUCAGCUAAUUCAUAAUGUGUUGCAGACCAAAUCUGUGGCCCAGUGUGUGGAGUACUACUAUGCCAUGAAGAAGCUGAAGAAGUUUAAGAAGCCCAAAAAAGGAGUAGAUAAAGAACAAACUGCUGAGAACUCAGCGGAGUUCCAUAGCACCAUGGAGAAGAGGUGUGAGACUGGGUUUGGGAUUAGAUCAUUUAACAGUGUAAUGGAAACAAAUGAAAGCCAGUAUGUUGAGAACUGGGACUUUACUUGUCAGGAGUGUGGCAGAGGUUUUCAUUAAGUAAAAAGUUGCAACGCUCAUAAGAGGAGCCACUGUCAGCCACAAUAAGAGGGGCCUGCUGUGGACAGUUGGCAAACUGGAGACACAUGCCAAGAUCAAGAAGAGGACAGGCCAGAGGUCAGCUGAAGUCUUUACAUCUAACAUACAUUUUGAUACAUUUGUUUAGACCUUGCAUAAAUUAAUCCAGCAAAGAAUUCCUGACAUCUCUGAUAGAUUGACGAGAUGUAAUCUUAAUUUUCAAGACUUAUUCAUACUUUGUGAAAUAUCAAUGUUUAGAAUAACUACGUUUGUCACGUUUCUGAUUAGUACAGUAUUGACAAAAUACCUGUUUGUUACUUGUUUUGACUAAAGUUUAAAGGUUUAAAUGUUACUCUUGCUAUGUUCUUAAUUCAGUUAGCAAAUAUGCCUGUAUUUCAUACCACAGUUUUUUAUGCAAAGGUCUUCCCACUUUUUGGUUUAGUAUAUGUGGCCUUUUGAACACAGAAAUACAUGUGAUAAAAUGCUGCAGUUCAUGCCUUACAUUAUUAUAAAAACUAAAGCAACAUAUUGAUGUGGGAAUUUGUUACACUAUUGAAGUAUAGAUAAAAAAAAACAGUUUUUGUAAAAGUGUUAGUGUUCAAAUUCUUAUACUGUUGUUCCAAAAAGUUUGUUGCAUGUUUUUUCUUGACAAAUGAAAUAUGCCUGUAUUUUAUACUAAAGUUCUAUAUACCACAUCCUCACCAGGGUUUACGAUCCAAUAUAUUGCAUUAUACUGCGAUACUGUAAGCAAGGCAAUUUGCAAUUUUUGAAAUAUAUAUUUUUUCAUAUUUAAAACCACAUUUCUAUGAAAUCUGAAUAAAAUAAUUUUACUUUUCAUACAAUUAUAACAGUGGGAUCUAACAACAGAGUACAACUUUGCUAUCUAGUGGGCAGGGUUUGAACACAACACUAAAUAAUCCAGUCUGACACCAUCUUUACAUGUAAACUAAUAAUAAAAAUCAGUAGUGUUUUUGAAAACUAA